UUGACACUUUAUACUGGUUAAUGAAAAUGUCUAGGUUAUGUUAUAAACUUUGUUAUGACAUUUAAUUAAAAUUCUAUUUAUUGUGUUGAAGUAAUUUUUUCAAUUAUAUAACAACAAAAACUAAUAUGUCGGAGCCUGAAUUGCAAGAAGAAGAACGUGAAGUACUGUCUUCGAUAUAUGAUGGAGAUGACUCAUUUAAACAAAUUGACCCUACUGUAUAUCAGUACAAAUAUGGUGAAACGGAUACUAAUAAAUCAUUUUUAUUGGAAAUAAAAUGGACUUCCAAGUACCCUAACGAGUUACCCGUUAUUAGCAUGGACACCUUUUACAAUAAACAUAUUGUGCCAUCAUUAAAAAACAAAAUUAUUGACGUUGUUAUCUCAGAAGCGGAACAAUACUUAGGUAUGUCUAUGACUUAUUCCCUAUUCGAAUUUGUUAAAGAAAAAUUCGAAGAACUAAUACAACAGCAGCCGGAAGGAACAAAUGAGAUAUUGGACAUCGAGAAAUUGUGUAUAACUGACCAAGAACCGCAACAGGAAGCUGUCAAGAAAGAAAAGAAGGAACAGUUAACUAAAGCUCAAAAAAGGCGACAGUGGAAUAAAGUUGAUGGGAAAGGUGAAAAACCGAGAGGUUGGAAUUGGGUGGAUAUCGUGAAACAUCUUUCUCAGACUGGAUCGAAGGAUGAAAGUUUUCCAGUAUCUUAAAGAAUUUUUAUACCCAUUGUGCAAUUAUAUCUUUUUUCAAUAAAAAGUUUUUUAUUUUUA